UUCCAGUCUGCCUACUUCUCUGCAUCUACCGCCAUCACCAACCUUCUAGCCACCAUCAUCUCCUGCCUGGACUGAUGUAGUUCUCCCCACAUCCCCUCUACAAUCUAUUCUCCACGAAGCAGUCAGAUUGAUCAUUUUGCACUUUUUCCACACUUGGGGCAAAGCAAGCCGCGAGGAGGAACCAGACAGUCCUGUUAGUUGUGGCCAGCCCUCAUUCCCUGGAAAUGGCAAACAAGGGGAACAAGAAGCGUCGGCAGUUCUCUCUGGAGGAGAAAAUGAAAGUUGUGGGAGCUGUAGACUCAGGCAAGAGGAAAGGUGAUGUGGCAAAAGAAUUUGGUAUCACUCCCUCUACUUUAUCUACAUUCUUAAAGGAUCGCACCAAAUUUGAAGAAAAGGUGCGGGAGGCAUCCGUGGGACCCCAGCGGAAAAGGAUGAGGAGCGCUCUUUAUGAUGACAUUGAUAAGGCUGUUUUUGCUUGGUUUCAAGAAAUCCAUGCCAAAAACAUUCUUGUGACUGGUUCUGUCAUUCGGAAAAAAGCACUAAACUUGGCCAACAUGCUUGGCUAUGACAAUUUUCAAGCAAGUGUGGGCUGGCUGAACAGAUUUAGAGAUCGCCACGGAAUUGCUUUGAAAGCAGUCUGUAGAGAAGAUAGUGACAGGUUAAUGAAUGGUCUAGGAAUAGAUAAGAUUAACGAGUGGCAUGCAGGGGAAAUUAUAAAACUGAUUGCUGACUACAGCCCAGAUGAUAUCUUUAAUGCUGAUGAGACAGGAGUGUUUUUCCAGUUGCUUCCCCAGCACACACUUGCUGCUAAAGGAGACCACUGUAGAGGGGGCAAGAAAGCAAAGCAGCGGUUGACAGCACUCUUUUGUUGCAAUGCCUCGGGGACUGAAAAAAUGAGACCAUUGAUUGUUGGUAGGUCAGCCAGCCCACACUGCCUCAAGAACAUUCAUUCCCUCCCUUGUGAUUACCGAGCCAACCAGUGGGCUUGGAUGACAAGGGAUCUGUUUAAUGAGUGGCUGAUGCAAGUGGAUGCCAGGAUGAAGAGGGCGGAACGCCGGAUCCUCUUGCUCAUAGACAACUGCUCUGCUCAUAACAUGCUUCCACACUUGGAAAGGAUUCAGGUUGGGUAUCUGCCCUCCAACUGUACUGCUGUCCUGCAGCCACUGAAUCUUGGCAUAAUUCACACCAUGAAAGUACUGUACCGGAGCCACCUUCUAAAACAGAUCCUCCUCAAGCUCAACAGCAGUGAGGAUCAAGAAGAGGUGGACAUCAAGCAGGCCAUCGACAUGAUUGCUGCAGCGUGGUGGUCAGUCAAGCCAUCCACAGUGGUGAAAUGUUGGCAGAAGGCAGGCAUCAUCCCUAUGGAAUUUGCAGAAUGUGACACAGAAUCAGCAGCCAGUGAACCAGACAUUGCCAUUGAAAAGUUGUGGCACACAGUGGCUAUUGCCACCUGUGUCCCAAAUGAAGUAAAUUUCCAGGACUUUGUUACUGCAGAUGAUGAUCUCAUUAUCUCUCAGGACACAGACAUCAUCCAGGACAUGGUGGCUAGCGAAAAUACCAGUGAAGCAGGAAGUGAAGAUGAAGGGGAGGUAUCUUUACCAGAGCAACCAAAAGUCACCAUCACAGAAGCCAUAUCAAGUGUACAGAAACUUAGACAGUUCCUUUCCACUUGUGUAGACAUUCCUGACGCCAUUUUUGGACAAUUAAAUGGCAUAGAUGAAUAUUUAAUGAAAAGAGUGACACAAACCCUUAUUGAUUCCAAAAUUGCAGAUUUCCUCCAAACAAAAUAAUGCAGGAAUUUAUUUCAGAAAAUGUAGUUUACAAGAAUAAAGAUUUCUUUAGAUAGGUUGUUGAGCCAAUUUAAGUAAAGCAAUGUUAUUAUGACAACAUUCCAGUACUCUGAAAUAGCCAGGAAACUUCUUUGAAUGGAAUUUGACUAAUAUGUGUGUUUUCUUUUCUUUUGUUUUUGGCUGUCUCUGGUCCUUGAUUCAAGAUGUAUUUUGAUUCAUCCAAGGGUUUCCAAACUUGUCUGCAAAUUAGGAUCACUUGAGAAUCCUUUAAAAAUUCCAAAGCUCAGGCCAUAUCCCAGGCCUAUUAAAUCACAAUCUUUGGUGAUGGGUCGCAGGCAUUGGUAGUUUUGAAGCUCUCCAGGUGAUUCCAAUGUGCAGACAAAUUUGGAAACUGAACCAACCACAGGAACAUCAAGGACACUGUGGGCCUGGGUCCAGCUUCUUUCCAGUAAGUGUAUCUCAGGGGCUUCCAAAUUUAGCUCACAUCAGAAUCACUUGGAAGGCUUGUUAAAACCCAAGGCUGCUAGGCCCACCCCCGGAGUUUGAUACAGUAGACCUCAGGUGGGACCCAAAAAUUUGCAUUUCUAACACAUUCUCAGCUGAUGCAGUCCAGGCUCCAUGCUUUGAAAACCACUGGUCUAGCUUUAGAUAGGAUAUUGAGCCAAUUUAAAUAAAGCAAUAUACUGGUCUAGCUGAGUUCUAAAACUUCUCUCUUUAGCUGGCCAUCUGAAUACUCCCCCAUCACUAACUGUUAAAAAAAAAGAAUCAACUGUUCUUACUCUAGAGCUCUUUUUUCCUUUCUGCUGAUUUGCUGGAAGCACUACAGGACUUCUGUUUGUUUGUUUGUUUUUAAAGAUGGAGUCUUGUUAUAUUGCCUAGGCUGGAAUGCAGUGGUUAUUCACAGGCAUGAUUAUAACACACUACUCUCUCUAACUCCCAGCCUCAAGCCAUCCUCCCAAAUAGAUGGGACUACUGAUGCACACUGCCAUGCUGGCCUUACGAAAUGUUUUUUUUUUUUUAUGUUCUAUACUCAAAUUUUAUUUUGAUUGCACGUUGAAAUGAGAAUACAUUGAUUACGCUGGGCCAAAAUACAUUAUUAAAAAUUAGUUUCACCUGUCUUGUCACUUUUUCUUGUGGCUUUAAAAAUAUUAAAAUUCCACUUUUGCCUGCA